AUGGCGUCAGUAGCGCUGCCGCCAUGUCCGCGCCAUUCCCGCCAUGCCGCGCUGCUCCCUGCUCCACCCGUCAGUUCUCUCCGCGUCUUUCUCACAUCCACUCCGCCUCGCAACCCCGCGAGGCUGUCUCUCUGCUGCCUGCGCUGCACCGCCACCCGACAGCCGCACGCACACGACGUGCGGCGUGGUACUAACGCAGCGGCUCGGGGGCCGCUGCGCGCUGCGACGUCCGGGUGUGGCGGAGAGCAUGAGGGGUGGAUGGCACAGCCCGCAGCGCCGGAGAGUGCCGGCCACACUCGAGGCGGACCGCGGGGACCCACUCGUCGCCUUGCCUUGAGCCCGGGCUCGAGCGGCACGCGGCGACCGCCUGGUUUUACCCUGCAUCCUGCGCAUCGCCUUCGCGCCCGCUGCCGGCUGCACGCGGCAGUACGCGCGCUACCUCCGCGCGCGCCCUUGACCGCGCGCCUGCUCCGCACAGCCCUCGGCCCGCCGUCACCACAGUGGCAGCGUUGCGCGCCGGGAGUGGCCGCCGCGUCGCUGCGGGCCGACCUGCUGGCGCAGGCGUGGCGGGCGCAGAGGAGCGCGCAGGCGCAAGCCGUGGGCGCGGAUGGCACGAUACGCAAUGGCCAGGGGAUAGGGUGCGCGAGCGGCUUCGCGACCACGGGCACACUCAAAGGUACGCCACACCCUGCCGCCGCCAUUUCACUGAUGCCCGCUCGCCGCUGCUCCAUUUCUGAAACGGCUCCCUGUGCCUCCUCUUCGUCCCCUGCGUCUCCCCUGCCCCUUCUCCCCGCGCGCCUCUGCGCCGCUGUCCUCCCCCUCCACGGCAGCGCGGAGACGCGGUCGCUGAUUCGCGAGCGCAUGCGCGCGGCGUGGCAGCGCAAAAAGCAGGAGCGCCUGGCGGCGCUGGCGCUGCUGGCGGAGUGGCAGGGGGAGCUGGCGGCGGCCGCGCGGGUGGGGCUGGCGGGCGACCGCGAGCUGGUGCGGUGCGGCAACGGGCGCGUCGUGUACGCGGACGAGGUGCUCGCGCGCGCCUCCGCAAAGCGCGAGCGCCGUGCGCCACGCACCGCCGCGCCGCCACGAGAGCGCGGAGAGGGUGGCUCCGCGGCGGCUGGCAAGGGCCGUGGCGAUGGCGGGACGAGCGGGGACGAGGGGGAGGGAACGGCGUGGGGAGAGGGUGAGGGGAGCGGUGGAAGCAGCGAGAAGCGGGUUGCGGUGAGGCGGGGGGGGCAGAGCGAGGAGCACCGGCGGCGAAUCUCAGAAGCCAUCAAAGCCAAGUGGGCCGACCCCGCCUACCGCAGCAACGUGGCGCGCGGCAUGAAGAGCGUGCAGCGCGCCCAGCCUUCCGCCCACCCCACUUCGCCCGCCCCCGCGCCUGCUGCCGCGCCCAGGCAGACGAGAGCGCGCAGGGCAGUGCGGGUGGGGGAGAGGGAGCGCAGAGAGACAACCAAGGACACGGCAGCGGGAGCAGCAGCAGCGGGGGUACAAGAGGCGGAAGGGGGAGGCGAGGGCGGGGAGGGGGCAGCGGGGCGGGCCGCGGAGGAGGCGGUGGUGGUGCGGCAGGCGGACGAGGCGUUCGUGCAGGCCGUGAUGGCCGCGGAGAGCGCACAGGCGGAGGGCGCGCAGGGCGCACAGGGCGCGGCGCAGCAGGGCGCAGAGCUGGCGCAGGGGGAUGGGGGGGGCAUGCGGUUCAAGCGCGUGCUGAUCGUGCGGCAGGCAGGCGGUAGUGAGGGGCAGGAGGAGGCGCGGGGUGUGGGCGGCGAGGAGAGAGUCGAGGAGAGCACAGGGUUGGCUGUGCGUGUGGGCUUGCUAGGGGAAGGUGGCUUGCAAGGGGGAGAGGAAGCCAUGGGGGUCGAGGAAAGGGAUGGGGAAGACGAAGGGAAGGGCGAGAGGGAAGGAGGGUGGGAGGAAGAGGAAGUAGAGAGCGAUGUGGAGGACAUGAAGACUCUCGUGGAGGCCCGUGGGAACCGCACGCAGGCCAAGGAGGGCAGUGAGGGUGAUGGCGGUGCAGGGCAGGGCAGUGUGAGUGGUGGGAUGCAUGGGGGAGACGAGGCAGGCAAUGGCGCGGUGGUGAGGCCCUCUGCUGCACCCGUGCCCUCGCUGCUCCCCCUCUCACCCACCACCCACCAAAGGCGCCUGGCUCGCCAGCUCAUAGCGAGGCGGCGCCGACAGCUGGCGGAGAGAGCAAGGUACGCCGCUGCCUGCUGCCACUACACGCCCCCCCUUUCGCCCUGUCUCCACCCGCCCUGCUUCCCGUUGGCGCCCUCCCACCCUUGCCCCUCGUUGCACCCGGUGCUGAUGCAGGAGGCAGCGAGUGCAGCGCAGUCGCUGGAGGCGCUGGCAGCGCGGGACGCCACGGCCAUGGCAUCGCUGCUGGAGACGCGGCGCCUGCUGGAGCAGGCGGGGCGCGCCGUGGCUCGCGCUGAGAGGACGCCCGCGCUGCCACUCGCGCCCAAGGCCGCGCAAGGGGGGGGACCCGCGCAGAGAGUGCCUGGGGGGGACUGGCGCAGUGGGUUGAGUGGCAGUGGCGGUGGCAGUGCUACUUGGACGCAUGCUGGCGCCACGCCGGAGUGUGGUGGUGUCGGGGGGCAGGCACGGGGCCAAGUACGAGGGGUAGAGUCAGGGGCAGGGCGGGCAGGGCCAGAGAACGGUGCAGUGCGCAGUGCAGAUGGUGUGAGAGCGAGUGAGAGGGUGGUGGGGAGUAUGGGAGGGGUGCCUGGGAGUGAGUGGCAAGGUGGGCGAUUGGGCGGCAGCAGUGCAGCACAGGGCAAGUGGGUUGAAGGCGGAGGGGAAGGCGAGGGCAGGGGUGCGGGUGGCAGUGUGGAGUGGGUGGUGGUGAACGGCGCGCGGAUAAGUGUAGGUGCAGCACAGGGGCGAGAGGCGGAGGGGCGGCAGGAGUUGCAGCGCGUUGAGUCAGGCGGUGGAGAGGGGAAGGCUGUGGACGAGACGCUUCCAGGUGGGGCAGGGCAGAUGAAUGGCAGGGCGGGACACGGGCGCAGUGAAGGUGACCAGGAGGGGGGAGCAGGGAAGAGAUGA